AUGGAAAGCCGAACACUAAGCCCGGGUGGUACCAAACCCGAAGUUUGUAUCACUGACACAGAAGACGAAAACGCUCUUCUUCCUCCUUCUGGGCCUAUCACCAGAUCAAAAAAGAAACCUACAACUUUACAAAAUAAACCCGAAUUAGAGUUAUCAAUUCUUCUUAAAUUCAUUAAACCAUUCGAUGGUUCUAGAAAUAAAUUAAAUUCAUUCUUAUCAAACUGCAAUAAUGCUUACGAUUUAGCGUCAGAAAACCAAAAGGAAAUUUUAUUUAAAUUCAUCUUGUGUCAAUUAGAGGGAAAAGCAGAAACAGCAUGUUCUAUAAAAGAAUUUUCGACCUGGCCCCAACUUAAAGAAUUUCUUAAAACACAAUUUAGCGAAAGAAAACACUAUACACAUUUACUCACAGACUUACAAGAAUGUAAACAAUUAACCAACGAACCCGUCAGCCAAUAUGCACUUAGAAUAGAAACUUACCUUUCACAAUUAUUAACAGAGAUAUCGAUUAACCAUGGGCACAAGAAUAGGGAAAUGUAUGGCAGAACCGCGGCAAUGGAGGAAUUAGCCCUCCAUCACUUCCAAUUGGGAUUAUCCCCUAGAAUCUCCAACAUCGUUAGAUGUAAAUCUCCUAAGUCGCUCAACGAAGCUAUUAACAUCGCUAUUUCCGAAGAAAAAAUUCAACAAUUCCUAUUCAAAACAAAUCCUCAUAAAGAAAAAUUUACCAAAGUCUCAACUCAUAAAUCCGAUCCUCCUACCUCUUCGAAUUCUAAAUCAAGUCUCUUCUGCAGAUACUGUAAAAACUCAGGGCACACUCUAGAAAACUGCAGAAAAAGGGAAUAUAAUAAUAAACUCAAAUCUCAAAAUUCUAGGACACCUCAGCGUGUCCAUCAUCUUAUUCAACAGGACAACUCAAACUCCGACACAAACGAGGGUUACGACACUGUCGAUUACGAUUCAGAUUCAAAAAACGAGUAA